AUGUCCGCAGACAAGCUCUGCUCCCGCCCCGUUCCUUGUCUCUUCCUGGGCUUUGUCCCAGACGCGCCUGGCUUUACCACCCCUCCUCGCGCCAUGUCUUCCCUUCUUAGGACGUCACUCGAGCCUGUCAAGGUAGCUGUCGAGUUUGGUCCUGCGCGAGGCACUAAGCGUGCUAAGCUUGAGCGUGCUGAGCCUGGUGGUGGUGGGGGUGGGGGUACUAAGAUUGGGGGUGCUGAGCCUGGGGGUGCGGAGACUGGGGGUACUGAGCCUCGGGGUGCGGAGACUGGGGGUGCUGAGCCUGAGGGUGCGGAGACUGCGGGUGCUGAGCCAGGAGGUCCUGAGCCUGCGGGUGCUGCACCCGGGGGCGCUCUCUCUUCCCAGCAGCUGCGUGAGUGGUACUCUCGAGGUGCUACUGGAGCUGUUGGAGGUGCUACCUGUACUAGGACUGGUGGUGCUCAAGGGGCUGGAGCUGGAGGUGUUGACGCUCGUUGUCCUGCAGGUGGUGGAGCCGACAAUGCAGCUGGAGCUGGUGCUAUUGGGGGUACUAGAGUUGGCACUACUGGAGCUGCUGGUGGUGCUGUAGGAGUUGGAGUUGCUGCUGGGGGUUCUAGUGCUGUCUCUGCUGGUUCUGGGGGCACUUCACGGCCGCGGCUGUACUUCGUUCCACUCCCUCAACAGAUUCUUGGUCACCCGCCUCAUCCUUGUCCCGCUCCCUCCGUAGAGUGUCCUCCGCCUGUCCAGUCGCAGUCACAGCUACAGCCUGCCUCACCACUCCCUGGUCCUUGUCCCUACACUGGUCCGACAGGAGGUCUUACGGAGCGUUCUGAGCCUAAGUCUUGUCAUGUGUCGCCUGUGUCUCGCUCUGCGUCACCUGUUCGUGCUGCUUGCACUAGCCGUUGUGUCCCACGUCAGCGUACUCCUGCUGUCCCAUGCACUCACCAGAUGACGCUUCGUCCUUCCACUGCUCCACAGCGUGUCCCUUUGCCUUCUCCUCCUGCGUCCUCCCUUCCUGCCCUUGCUGACCCGGAGUCUGACUCUCUUCGUGCUGCUAGUUCUACUGUCACGCGUCUCCUGGCCACUGCUGUCACUGACCCUUCCUUUGAGUCAGCUGCUCCGUCUGCCUUAGUUGCUGAGCUUGUCGACUUUGCUGCUCACUAUCAUCUAGACUACGCUGCAAGUCUUGUUGCUAAGUCUGAUUCUCUCUGUCCUCCAUCCAUCGGGGGUGAGUGUGCUCUUGGCACAGACGUCCUUGAGGAGAGGCAGGAGGAGUUUGAGUGCUUUGCCACUGCUGUACCUCAUCUCGUCUCCAUGCUGAUUGCACGUGAGGGAGACCCAGAUGCACCAGACAUCCCGACCCCGCACUCUUACGCUGAGGCGAUUGUGGGUGAGUAA